GAAUUGAGUAGUGUGAUAAAGGACUUGAGUAGUGUGAUAAGGGACUUGAGUAGUGUGAUAAAGGACUUGAGUAGUGUGAUAAAGGACUUGAGUAGUGUGAUAAAGGACUUGAGUAGUGUGAUAAAGGACUUGAGUAGUGUGAUAAAGGAAUUGAGUAGUGUGAUAAAGGACUUGAGUAGUGUGAUAAAGGAAUUGAGUAGUGUGAUAAAGGAAUUGAGUAGUGUGAUAAAGGACUUGAGUAGUGUGAUAAAGGAAUUGAGUAGUGUGAUAAAGGACUUGAGUAGUGUGAUAAAGGAAUUGAGUAGUGUGAUAAAGGAAUUGAGUAGUGUGAUAGAGGAAUUGAGUAGUGUGAUAAAGGACUUGAGUAGUGUGAUAAAGGAAUUGAGUAGUGUGAUAAAGGACUUGAGUAGUGUGAUAAAGGACUUGAGUAGUGUUAUAAAGGACUUGAGUAGUGUGAUAAAGGACUUGAGUAGUGUGAUAAAGGACUUGAGUAGUGUGAUAAAGGACUUGAGUAGUGUGAUAAGGGACUCGAGUAGUGUGAUAAGGGCCUCGAGUAGUGUGUUAAAAGACUUCAGUAGUGUGAUAAAGGACUCGAGUAGUGUGAUAAAGGACCGAGUAGUGUGA